AUGAUUUAUGCGAAGGCCUACCCCAUUGCUCGCAUCCAUGAAAACAAAGACGAGGAGAACAUUGAGCGGAUUAUCAGUGAUGGCGUAGCAAUUUACGACGCGAAAAUGGCCUCACCCGCGUUUUUCGUCACCAUCGGAUGGAUCACCGCGUCUACUAAACGACUAUCGUGCAGUUAA